AAGAAUACGAGCGACAACUCGUAGAAGGUCGAGGAGCAGUGGAGGGUGAAGUUCAAAACCGUGAAGAUGAUGGUGCGCUCAAUUUUCUAAUCCUUGAGGACAAGGAAAGUCUUGAAGAGGAGGGGAAUGAUACGGAAGUGGUUAUCAACCCAGGCGAGUCCGAGGAGGAAGGUUACGAUGGUCUCAACAUAUGGUUAGAGAACAUGCUGGAAGAGCCAUCAAGCCCAAUAUACCGGCCAUCAUGUGUACGAGAUUGGUCGAAAGGGUGUGGCCCGAAGCUGAAGUCGAAGGCGAGGAAGCGCCGGGCCAAAAGUCGACGUAAAGCAAAGGCUCAAAAAGCAAGUCCAU